AAAAGGCUUCAAAAAAUAAGAAUGCCAUUGUCUAUUGGGAUGAGGAAAAAGUGAAGGCAAGAGUGAAAUUAGAAAAGAGUAGUGACAAAGACUUACUCCAUGGUGUUACCAACAUUGGUGGGGCUUCAUCUAGUACAUUUAAUACAGAAAUAAAGCUAACCCACUCGGAAAUAAAGACAACUUAUGAAAGGUUGGUCACCAUGGUUGAAGGGUUGGUGUCGACAAUUGGAGAAGAGUUGGCUUCCUUGCAGUUGAGGUUAACAAAUGAGGGUGACAAGGAAGAUGUGGUGGAAGCAGUAAGCAGUGAAGAUGAUGAAGAGAACUCAAGUGAAGAUGAAGAAACUAGUAGAGAUGAGAAAGGAGAAGGGAGUGAACUAGAAAAAGAUGACAAAGAAGAGGAGAAAAGUGCUCCACCUGAAGAAGAGAGUCAAUCUCAACAUGAAGAGAAAGGAAAAAGGAGUGAACCAGAAAAAGAUGUUAAAGAAGAAGAGAAAAGUGCUCCCCUUGAAGAAGAGAGUCAAUCUCAACAUGAAGAGAAAGGAGAAGGAAGUAACCUUGGAUCAGAGGAUGAUGGAGAAGAACAAACUAAAGACAAGUCUAGUGAUACAGCAGUAGCAGAGGAUAAAGGGGAAGAGGAGUUGAAAAAGACCCAUGGCAAGAGACAACUUGAUGAGAAAGAGGAAUUAUUUCGGAUGUUGACAAUAAGAUGUGAUGAAGAUGAAGGUGGCAAGUACAUUGUUGAGAUGUAUGGGUACUACCUGACUCGUGCUGAGCUUUACUGCCUACAAGACAAGAAAUAG